UGCGAUAUGUUUUUUGAUUUAUGAAUUUGAAACAUACUUCUUAUUACGUAGAUCAAUGUUAUUUCAAUUGUAAAAGACACGUAACCCAUCAUGCGUUGAAUUCAGUUCGAAAAUUUCUUAGUCUACGUUCAUUUUUUUCAGCUGCAUGUCACACAUUUUCUAAAAUAUGAAUCUAAAUUGUAUGCCGUUUUUGUUCCACAUAGUUUUCACAUUCCAUGGUGUUUUUGCCUUCGUGAAUAAUUCUCCAGCAGAGGUCAACCGUAGAGUUGAAGAAGAAUAUCGGUAUAGGAGAUGCAGUAAUCGAGAAUUAUUGUUCAAUAAUUUCGAUUAUUUUUACAAUUUGAGAACCAAGAAAACAGAUGACAUUAAUCGAUAUCAACCAUUACUUUUCGAUAACGUUCUGUUUCAAAACUUGUACUCGGCUGAAUCCCAUCCAAGCUUCAAUCCAGUACAUUUUUUUGAGCUACAAAAUGCUGAAUUCUACUUUGAAUCGUCAGGAUCAGCUCCGAAAACUCGUGAACAAAUAUUUACAGAUUUUUUUAUCAAGUAUCAUGCGGCAUUUGCCUUUUUGCAUUUUUGGGUCACCCGUUUUGUUAUUCAGCAUACAAUUCCGAUAAUUCCUGAAGCCUCAAAACAUACUGCUCCGGGCUCAUUUUUGAAGAAAUGCGAUGAAAUGUUGUUUUAUGCUUAUUGGAUGGUUAAUCUUGGAAUUGAUAGGCAUUUAGACGAACUAGAUUCCAAAUUGCUCGUGGUUUCGAAAAAUCGAUCUUUUCAUAAAGUUAUUCCAGCGUUUGAAAAUAUUGUGAAAACAUUAAGAGCCAUGAUUGAAGUAGAACCAUUAUCAUCGUCUUUUAGACAAGAGAUCUUCGAAUUGACUCAAAAAUCGAAUCCAUUCAAUUUGAGACUAAAACGAGUAGAAGUCGGCAAGCAAAAUUGGAUGAGAAUAAUCCAUCACGUUGAAAACAAUUUAAAAGAAAAUGCAUUCGCUUUGCCAGAAAUUUUCUUCAAGGACGUAUAUGAGGAUUUUCCUAAGACAAUCAGCACACAUCAUCUGAAAGAUCCAACGAAAUACAUGAAAUAUCUUCAUUAUUAUUCAUGGUCUGCUAUUAAAGUAGUCUUAGGCCGAGAAUUGCACAUCAUGGAAUCGUUUUUCUAUUCUACUCUCACAGGAGUACCGUAUCCUUUGGGAGAUUUUUUCAUUAAACCGGACUUUUCAUUUACAAAAAAAUUAUGGAGAAGAUUGGAAUGUUAUUACUCUUUCUGGAAUCCCUUUUCUAUGAUAAAGCCUAACGAGCUUGAUGACGAUCACUCUUGCGAAGAUUUUGAUAAAGAUUAUUAUUUAAAAAAUGCCGAGAGAAGUAAUCGAAUUUAUCUAAUUAAAAUUUUACGCGAAAUAGACAAUUUGCGAUUUAACUUGUCAUCGAAACAUCAUUUCACGGCCGUGGAUGCAAAGUUCACGUUGAAAACUUGCAUGGAAUGUUUUUUCCGAUGUUGGUGUUAUGGUGGUUUUCGAAUGGUUGAUGGUAAAAAAAUGAAAUCCAACGUAAAUGAAUGAUUUCGGAAGAAAAUUAUAAAUUUUGUGUAGCAUUUGCUCGAUUCAGACUUUUAUUUAUUUUUUAUUAUACCUACGUAUACCUAGUUACCUACCUAAGAAAUUUAUCUUCUAAUUUAUAUUGUUCACACGUGUACUUUUAUACAUGUUUUCAAAAAAAUUGAUAAAUCCGUAAAUCAUUAGCUGUAUUUUUAAUGCUGUCUGAACCGAAUACCGAUGUACAUAUUACCCAUUUAGCACUUGAAAUGAAUAUCGAAACACAGAAUAGGUAGGUACUUUGCACAUUGCAUAAGCGUGUGUAUACCAUGUAGCUUGUGUACUCGUACCUUAACCUAUUUUAUUCAGGUAAACUAGGAAUAUUUGGUUCGAAUUUAUGGCGUUACCGGAGCUUUGAUUCAAUAUACGUAUCACGUAGCGUAACCUUUGUUUGGUCUGUUUCACAAAUUCCGUUAUCUACACUGGUAUUUAUAUUAUAAAAUGGCAUUCUCACAUGAGCAAAUCAAAAUAAUGUCACUAAAACUAUACAUAUGUAUCUACAUACUUAUGUCUCCAGAAAUCAUGUUGUCUUAUCAUCAGUACUGUUUGUCGUUCGUAUACCUACGUGUAUUAUAUUACACAUGUCCUUAUCAGAAUUUAACAAAUAUAUUAAUGCAAGUGUACAGUUGGUAGGUCUAGGUACUAGGUAUUUAUCUACAUACGUAAAUCCAUUCACUAUGACUACUAACGUAAGUUUGCUAGCUUAAAGAAAAGGCUAAACGUUUUUUUUUCAAUUUGAAUUUUUGAAACAUGGAAUUAACUUUUCCUGGAAAAAUAUUUUGAAAAAAGUUUUGGAAAAAAUGAAGGAAAAGUACAGUUAAACGCUCAAUAUUCUAGUAACUUUUGGUGAAAAAAUCAUCCUGAUUAAGUGAUUUUUGUGUUUUUUACAGCUAUUUUUUAAUAGAAAAGUCAUGGUUAUAUCUACGCUUCUCUUCUCUUUCAAUUUUGAAGAUACGUACCGAAAAUAGAUUACUUACUUAUCUAUUUCAUCUUUACAUGUAUUUUUAAGAUGUUAAGAUAGGCAACUCUAAUCUAUAAUUUUCUCCCUUUAUUUUUUUUUAUUCCAACAGUUUCAGAGGUCAGAUAAAUUGAAUACGUCGCUAUACAAGUUAUACAUAAGUAAUGUACCUAGGUAUGUAGAUAUGUAGAUGUAAUAGGUUUCUUUCGUACAAAAUGUUAUGAAGUAUUGCGUCUUUUCUUCAAAAGUAUAAGAAAUCACGAACGGACAUAAUACAUAUUACCUACUACCUACCUACCUACAUACAUACACUAACUACAUACUAUUUUACGAUCUAAUUUAACCUUAAAGUUUCAUAUUUUCAUUUUAUCUGCUGAAAAAUAAAUUACAGAAUAAAGAGUAAGUAAAUGAGCUUAAGCUGGAUAUAAUAA